AUGCUAAUGAAUGUUUCGUAUGUCUUGGCCCAGAAGAUCGAGAAACAAGUCUCAAAUGGCCAGGCAUAUCGGCACGCGAGAGACACAUCCUUGCUGCAGAUCGAUAUGGCACUCAGAAAGAAUGAGAUCCUUGGAGACUGGGUUCUGGAACGUUUGCGAAAUAUGGCGAAGCUCAAGGGAGACCGAAAACCAACCCCCGAGGAAAAUAAGGUCGUUCAAGGCAUGCGGCAAGAGAUUGAACAGCUGGACAAAGAGAAAGCGACGUUUGAGGCAGAGAGAUCAAGAUUGGUACGGAAUAUUGAACUUGCUCGUGAAGCUUGGGAACAAGCCGCGUUACCAGUGGAGGAUAUUUUCCAGGAUGUCUUUGCGCAAUGCGGACUGAUAGACGAGCUCUCGUCUGUAAAGGACCAGCGUGACAGCAGAGGCGCCCUUGAAGGACAACUAGAGAACACCCGAGCCUACAUCAGAUUAGAGGAGAAGAGAGCACGUCGGGAGCUGCGUGAAGCUCAAAGACGGCACGAGCAGCAUCGCGAUGCCUUUCGACGAGGACUUGCGGCAUACGUUGCUGGUGCCGUCGAUCGACCAGAUGUAUCAAAGCACCUUCUGGAGGAAGAGUUCAGCCGUGAUCACGUUCGGACGUGUUAUGAGCUUGUAGGACUAGUAAAACGUGCAGAAGAGACACAUGAGGCUAAGAUGGCAGCAGCAGCAGAGGCGCAUGUCUCCAUCGUAGGUCCAGAUGAUGACAUGAGUCUAAACAUGCCAUACGACCUUAAGGAGUAUGCAACAGUUAAGAUAAAGAGCCUUGAUCAUGAUGCCAUCGAGGCUUGGAAAAAAAGGCAUCGAUGCCAAUGCUAA